AUGAAAACCCAGACCGAACUACUCGACUACGUCGAUAGUUUAAGCUACAGUGACAUAUCUGGAAAUGGUACUCGAACUGGAAUGGCAUUAAAAAUAGCUGAUGAGGUGAGAUCAUGGUUUUUAAGUAUAAAUGGCAAAGCUUCCACAAAAACUGAUCAACUCGAAAGUUGUAGUGAUCAACUCGAAAGCUUAUGCUUCUUUGAUCACUACGCACUUUUACUUUACUAAAUUAACUUGAAAUUAUCAAUUCGAAUCAUAAUUAUUUGUAAAAUUUUAUAUAAAUCUUGAAAUCUUGAAAAUCUAAUAAUUCACAUUGGUUUUACACUGUCAGAGUCGCGAGAAACGAGAAACCAUUUGUUUUUGUCCAGAGGUGAAUAUAUUGUGCAAGGACAUCCGGAGCUGAGCAAUCAUGCAGUCAAAUUUUCUGAGUCAAAAUUGCGUGAAGAGCACUAUCCAUCUCCCGAAUAUAUAUGAUAACAAAAGUUAAAACCAGAAAAAUUUUCCUAUCCAAUGUAGAAAUUCCCACUGACAAGUCCAGAAAAUUAUCGUUCAGACGCCGGAGAUGUGGUCUUGAUAAUUACAGAUGGUGAGCCGAUCAGACGUCCAGGCGAAGAUACAUUUGGUAGCAAAUACAAAAGUAACAGUAAUGGCGAACGAAUGCUUGCUAAGGACCGAGCUCAAAAUCUCAGAGGUAGAGAUAUCGUUGUUUUUGGAUUGAGAAUAAGAACAGAGGAUACGUUGAGUAAAUUCAGAAGUGAUAUUAAAGAGUGGUCGACGAAAGGGAAAUACUUUGAAGCGAAUAAGGAUAGUCUGCAGAGAAUCUUGGACGAGCUAACUAAUGUUUCUUGCAUCGAUCCAG